AUGGAGAAUCAUGGAAAUAAUCUCAACAGACUUCCAGAAGAUGUAAAAUUGUCCAGGAAUAGCUCUUUUUCAAGACAUGGGACCAAGUCAGACACAAAUGUCGAACUGCCAACAUGUCUAUCAAAAAGAGGUGAUUUACCACCCAUUCAGAAAAGCGAAAGACGGUUAUCGACGCAUUCUGAAAAGAAGUCAGUUACAUUCUCGGUAUGUGGCAGCGAGAAGAGCAAUCGUAUUUUAAAUGCUUCCGAUUGCUUUGAAUAUAUGCGUAAAGGCAGUGAAAUGAUAAAACUGCACACAAGUGGACGUCAAUAUAAACGAAUAUUUUAUUUAAAUGAACAAAUGAAUUGUAUAAAAUGGUCAUCGUCUUCAUCGAAUAAACGUCAGUCGAAUUCACAAAUUGAUAUUGAAGAAAUUCAUGAAGUUCAACUUGGUUGUUCAUCAAGAACUACACAUUCACUUGGUCGAAAACGUCCACUCAGCUUAACACCAACAUUAUCAUACAGUUUUUUAUCCUCUGCAGGAUCAGGUAGUCUGAUUCAAACAGCUUCACGGAAUUAUUCAAAUCAUAAUCAUAAUAAUUCGAAUUCAUCGCUGACAAUCGGUUCAAUGUCACCACAAUUACAAAGUUCAACAUCAUUGAAUUCUGCUAUAUUAAAUCUUAGUUCUAGUGCAUUUACAAUAUGUUAUGGUGCAGAUUUUACUGUAUUGGAGAUAUUAGCAUCAGGUCCAGAAGAAGCGAAUAUAUGGGUUACUGGUUUAAAAUGUCUUAUGGCUGGUGCACAAGAUCCUCAAGUGUUGGAAGAUAGACAGAAACCACGUGACAGAUGGUUGCAGUUAAUGUUUCAUGAAGCCGAUUCAACUAAACAAGGAUAUUUAAGUGAAUUUGAAGUGAUCCGUCUGAUCAGAACAAUUAAUCCAAGUCUAUCGUCAACACAUCUUAGGCAUAAAUUAAAAGAAUUAGAAAGUAAACUGAAAGAUCAUAAAGGUCGGAUAACAAAAGAUGAUUUUGUAAAUUUUUUUAAGAAAGUUGCUACAAGACAAGAAAUUUAUUACAUUCUUGUUAGAUAUUCCAGUGGAGCAGAACAUUUAAGCGCUGAAGAUUUAAAGAAUUUUUUCGAAAGUGAACAAGGUAGAACUGGUUUAACCCUGGAACAGUGUACAGCAAUCAUCAAUCGUUUUGAACCAUCCCAAGAAAAUCGUCAAUACAAUCUGAUGGGUAUAGAUGGUUUCACUUCAUUACUGUUAUCUGAAGAAUGUGAUAUAUUCAAUCCUGUACACUUACAAGUAUGCCAAGAUAUGUCUCAGCCAAUAACACAUUAUUACAUUGCAUCAUCGCAUAAAACAUUUCUACUUGAAGAUCAACUUACAGGUCCUUGCAGUAUUGAAGGUUAUCAAAGAGCACUUCUUUCAGGUUGUAGAUAUAUUGAACUUGAAGUCUACGAUGGUCACGAUGGUCAUCCAGUUGUCAGACGUGUAAACUCACGACCUCCUGGCAUUCCAAUACAAGCUGUAUUAAAUACAAUACAUGAUUUUGCAUUCAUUCGUUCAGAAUAUCCAGUGAUAGUAUCAAUUGAAUGCUACGCAUCACAAGCUCAACAAAGUGUACUCGUCACUUUUCUUCGUUGUUGUCUCGGGCAUCGGUUACUCCUACCAAACUCAGAGUUCACUUUCAACCUGAGUGAAUCACAAUUAGAAAUUGAAGAUCAAGUUGAAAAGGCAAGAUAUCACAACUCGACUGUCGGUGGGAGUGGUGUUCACAAAGCCUAUCGUAAGAAUAGUCUACAAGUUGUCGAUUUAAAGAAUGAAUCAACAGUUUAUGCAUCAGAUGGUUCAUAUGUACGCUGGCCAUCACCACGUGAUCUUAUAGGACGUAUUCUAUUGAAAGGGAAACGAUUACCGAAAGGUACAACAAAACAACAGCGGCUACGAUGA